UCCUGAAAACCAAUGCAUGACACAAAAACCUUCUUCACUUAUAAUUAUGCAUAUACCUUGUUGUGUAUUUUUAUGCCAUUUACUUCCUCACACUUUAUUUUUUUUCCAGUAUAAAUAAUGAGAAAUUAAGGCAUGAGAUACAUUUUUAAUUUUAUUUUCAUUCCACUAAAUGGUUUAUUGUAGCCAUAUUUUAGACUUGCUUUGUGUCAAAAUAAAAUUAUUAAUAUACUUUGACUUAUUUAAAAUCAAAAUUGUCUUUAAAAUCUAGUUAAGUUUGAGUACUGGUUUUAAAUAUAUAACAAUAUUAUAGAGAGAAAAUUAAAUUUAACACGCAUAAUGGCAAGCAGACCUUCAUUCAAGUUUCCAAUCUAUUUCUUACCAGAUAUUUUCCACAGAGUUCUUCCAUUCCAUAUGGCGAAAGGUAAUAAUGCUAUUAUUAAAUAUUACCUAACUGAUACAAAAAAAUUAAUUCGUUUGUGCCUUAUUAUAACAGGGUUUUUUAUGGACUCAUACUAACUGGUUUGGAAAGCCAUUAUUUAAAUAGUGUGACAAAACUGAAUUCCAUUCAAUUUUGAACUAUCCUGAAAUACAAAAGCAUGCGAGCAAUGAGGGGCAUUGUUAAUAAUUGUGAUUGUGUUAUUGAAAUACGAGAUGCUAGAGUUCCAUUUUCCAGCACCAAUCCACAAUUUGAGGAUUUGUAUGCAAAUAAACCCAGAAUAAUACUAAUGAACAAAAUAGAUAUUGCUGAUGAAAAGAAGACAAAGGAAAUCUCAAAUAAAAUAUUGAAGGAUGAUGAUGCUGAUGCAGUAUUGUUUAGUAACUGCAACGCUCGAUUUAAUCAUGCUAUUAAACAGGUUAUGCCAGUGUUAAAGCAGAUUUUUACAGAACAAAAUAGAGUCAAAUCUGAACAGUGUGAGACACCUGUGAAAGGAUUGCAUGAACGACAGUAUAAAGUAAUUGUUUGUGGAAUUCCUAAUGUUGGAAAGUCAUCAUUUAUAAACUCUGCAAGACGCCAUUUUAUGUCAAAAGGAGGAAAAGCUACUCCCGUUGGUAAAAAGCCUGGUGUAACACGGUCUGUCAUGCAAUCCAUAAAAAUGUCUCAAUCUCCAAGAAUUUUAUUGCUCGACACUCCAGGUAUAUCAUAUCCGGAAGUACAAGACAGUAUGACCGGAAUCAAGUUGGCAUUAACCGGAACAUUUCCCGAUCACGUGAUUGGAGAAGAAGUAAUUGCUGACUACUUGCUUUAUGCGCUCAACAAACAAAAGAACACCAGGUAUCUAAAGAUGUGUGCGCUAAAAGAACCGUGCGACGAUUUUGAUAAAGUGAUAUACUCACUAGCUGAACAGAGAGAUCUCAUAAGGGAUUCUCGACCAGAUUACCGACGUUGUUCGAUAUUGUUAAUACAAGCUUUCAGAAAUGGAAGGUUUGGUCGUAUUACUCUCGACGAAACGUGAAACCUCGCACUUACGAUGGAUCGUGCUACGCUCAAUAAAACGUGAAACGUCGCUGUUACGGUUGAUCGAGUUGUGUUACUCUCGAUGAAACGUGACACCUCACUGUUACCAUUUAUCGUGACACACUCAACAAAAAGUAAAACGUCACUGUUACGAUAGAUUGUGUUACGCUCAAUGAAAUAUGAAGCGCCAAAAUUACGAUUCAUCGUGUCACACUGAACAAAACGUGAAACGUCACUGUUACGAUAAAUCCUGUUACGCUCAACGAAAAGUGAAACGUUACUGUUACGAUUGGUUGUGUUACUCUGUACGAUUCGUAAAACUUUAUCUUAUAAUACAUGUAAUCAUGGUUCGAA